UUUUCUCCCGAUGCUGUGCAGCUCAGAACACAGGAUAAGAAAAGGUCCAUUAAGAGGGUAUGGAGGAGUCCCACACGAUCCACUCGGCCAUUUUCUCGAGGGAGAUACCAGUGUGCUCGCUUCUAUUACAGGCCCAGAGAGGACUACUUUUCUCGGCGGCCUGGUUUUAGCAUGAGGUUCCAGAGGUUCCGGAGAGCCUCCAGUCUUCGCCUUCCGCCUAGAUCUCGGAGCCCGAGUUUCGUGCCGAGUCACAAAAAUGUACAUUCUUCAAGCCAGCACUUGGAAAAGAAGACUGAUAAGAAGAGCACUUCUACAACAGUGCAGGAUAAAAACACAGCAAACACACCAGAACGCUCCCGGUCAUCUUCAGUGGCUUCUGAGAGGCAUGGCCUAUCAUUUACAGUCAAUCAGGAAGAGCAGACCAAUAGUGGAAGGGAGUCCCUGUCCUCUGUAACACGUGCAGCUGCCAGAAGUCGAGCCAUACAGAAAAAGAGAGAGGAGAUAGAGGAGGUGUACCGACAAGACUGCGACACAUUUGGUGUGGUGGUCAAAAUGCUUGUGGCAAAAGAUCCGUCGCUGGAGAGAUCCAUCCAGUCUUCCCUGAGGGAGAACCUGCGUGAGAUUGGCUUGCGCUGUGUAGAUGCCAUGGAACGGUUUAUCAAUGAGUAUGACUCGAAAGAGCUUACCAUCCCAUCCCAGUCCCAGCAUCACUGACACACACACAUACACUGACCUACUGUUGUAAAGUUUUGGGGCAAUGCUGUAACCACAGUAACCACAAAAGUAAAAUGAUCAUCUACAUACACAAAAUAAUUUCUCUGGAAAUGCAUGCAUGAGUGAAUGAGACUUUAGGUGGUACAACACAGGACUUUGUAAUGUUGUGCCACUAGGAAUAAUGCAUUCUUCAGCCACAUCUAUAUGAUGGGAGAAAAUCUGUACCGACAUGUUGUGUAAGGAUCACCGGUGCUAAAUGUGCUACAUACUGUAGCAACAUUUUAUCAAAGCUAGUAUUUGUUAGUGAUUUAGAGUCAAAUCUUUUUUAAAGAUGAUCUGAUCUUGACUAUGUUUAACAUAUGUUCAUAUAAUAUACACACGUAUAACAUGUCCAUAUUAAAUAUAUAUAACAUGCUCAUGUGCACACUUAAUAAAAAAAAAUUGUGAUGUGGCAUUUAAUAAAAUGUUUCAGUAAGUUUCUGUAAUUUGAGCAAAAAUAUACCAGGCCAUUUCUUAUUCUUUUUUUCGGCUUCUCCCAUUAGGGGUCCCCACAGUGGAUCAUCCUUCUUGAUCCCCCUGUCCUCUACAUCUGCCUCUUUUAACCCAACUACCUGCAUGUC